AUGGCUAAGGAUGGCAGUAUGCUAGUUGUUCUACAGAAUAUACCUAAAAAUUGGAAUAAUUAUACUGUGAUAGACUUUCUAGAAGUUUAUUGUGAUGAUGUUGAUGUUGAGAUUUUAACAGUAGAAUAUUUUCAAAAUGAAAAAACUGUUGCCAAAACAGGCUUCUCACAUAGUGUCGAUUUUCAGAGACUUGUUGAAAAGAGCAAGAGAGAAAAGUAUGGUAUUGAAAUUAUGAUGUUACCUCCUGCUGAUGGUUUGAUAUUUACUAAUUUAUCACCUGAUGUCACUAUAGACAAAAUAUUGAAGCAUUUCAACUCAGUCAAAGGAGGUAAAGCUAUUCAGAAAAGGAACUUUUAUGAAUCAAAUGGUUGUUUUGUUUUGAAAAUAUAUAACACCAAAGUUAUAGAUACUUUGGUCAAAAAGGUUAUCCCAGGGGCUUCAGUUGAAGUUUUCUAUGAUGUUUUCCAAGGAGAGGCCUUGAGAAGAUUAGAACAGAUAAACAGGGAACAGAUAUCUGAUGAUGAAGAUAAUGUUGACAGUAAUGAAAAUUGUUAUUUAACAUGUGAAGAUUCUGAUAGUGAUAAAGAUAGUGAUUGUGAUAGUGAUUCAGGCUCAGAGAAUAUACUUGCUAUAGAUAUGGAUGAUAUUCAUAUUAAUGAAGAAUCAUCUUCGAGUUCUUCUCGGAACUCUCAGAAUGCCAGUGACAGAAAUACUGAGGAAAAAGAGAUACCGAUAGAGACAUCAGAAUAUGUGUUUGACCAAAAUGACUAUCACAAGGCUAAACUGUUAGAAAAAAUAAAUUUUGGUAACAACUUGAAAAAUUGUGAAGUUCAAAUUUCUGUAACUAGUUCAAUAUCUAAAAUAGUUUUUAAAGGAAAGAAAGAGGACAUUGAUAUUUCAAAAAUUGAAAUGUUUGAAUUACUUCGAUCCAUAGACAAGAGAAUAACCCAAAAAUUACAAAAACCAUUCCUUGAAAUAUUGAACUCUGUGAAAGGGGAACAAUAUUUAAGUUCUAUUUUUGAUGGUACUGAUGAAGUGAUAGGAUAUAUGGAAAAAGAUGCGUUAGCUGUGGCAGGAAUCAACCCCACAGAAAUAACACAAUUCCUUAGAUUUUCUGAGAACCAAUUUCUAAUAGAAAAAAUACCUAUAAAAGAUUCCUACCGCCAUUUUGUUGCAAGUUCAUGGAAUGAAUUGAAAGAGAAAGAGGAAAUGUUUUUGAUCAAAUUAGUUCAAGAACAAGAUAUGAUAGUGAUUUAUGGAUUAAAUGGUGAUGUGGUUGCUGUAAAGAAAGAUAUUUUGGCGGUUCUGCUUCAAAAUCAACAUGAUACCAAGACGAUAACUCUAACUGGUGCCAUGUCCCGUUGUAUUGCAUUAUAUUUUAAAGCUAGCAUCAAUUCAUUAAGAGAUUCCUUACGAGAUUGCCAUGGAACUUUACAAGAUGAAUUAAGUGAAUCAUCAUAUAAUAUUGAAGUAUCUGGUAGUCCUGAGAAAGUUCAACAAGUUCUGAAGAAAAUAGGGGAUAUAAAGGAAUCAGUAUGGCAUGAACAAGUUUUAUUGAAAAGGGACAUAACCCAAAAUGGCGCAGAGUUAAAAUUGUUAGUGUGUAGUCUGAAAACUACCAAUCAGAAACGUUUUAUUACAACUUUUGAAACUGAAAAUAAAUGUUGUAUUGAAUUUCUUAAUUUAAAACCAGAACAUCGAAACGAUUUUCCCAGGGCUUCUUUUCCAUCUCGAAAUUCAAAACCCAGAAUUCCAAGAAAACCUUCUUUUUUAAAGAGGCCAAGUAGUAACUACAGACCAACAUGUUCUGUCAAUUUUCACCAAGCUACUAUUACUGUUAAAAAGGGUGAUAUUACAAGAGAGAAGGCUUUUGAAGCAGAAAAGACCAAAGCAGGAUUUAAUCCUAGUUCACCAGUAAAUGUUGAUCUUUCAAUGGCUUUUAGUGCCAAGAACUCAAUCAAUGUACCUGUUGGUACAAUUUUAGAAACAGCUUGUUUUGGAAACUUGAAUUGUAAAUAUGUUCUUCAUGUUUUGUUAGAGAAGUAUAAAGGUGCAACAUCAUUACAGGUUUUGUCAAAAGCUAUCAGAAAUGUUUUAUUGAAAAGUAAUGCCCAUAAUGUUUCAUCUGUAGCUUUUCCUGCUCUUGGAGUUGGUAAACUCUAUAGAUUUCCACCAGACAAGAUUUCAGCUGUUUGUCUUCAAGAAUUACAAGAUUCUAUAAAAAGUUAUCCUAAUAUUAAGAAUGUUACUUUUGUUAUCUAUGAUGAUGAAGUGUAUAAAGAGUUUUCAAACCAAAUGAGUAACUAUGGAUAUAGUCCACCUCAGUCUCCUGAUCGUGGAGCAGCUGCUCUUGUCAGUUCAGAGUCAGAGAGUAACAGUGACUCAGAAGAUGACUUCACUAUACAUUCUGCUCAAGAUAAAGCAGUGUAUGAUUCUCCUGAAAGUGGUAUUAAGUUGUAUUGUGAUUCCAAAAUGACUUCUGAUAAAGCUAAAAACAACUUAAUCAAGUACCUAACAACUACUUAUUUAUAUAGAGAUAGUGUAAAAGAUGACACAAUAAUACAUCUCAAUAAAUAUAUACUUCGAGAGAUCAAAGCACAUGCUGAAAGAUUUCAUGUUUCUAUUAUCUUACCAGACAUUAAACAAAAAGAUAUUCAGCAAAAACAUGUUCCUGAAAUAAAGUUUCAAGGAAAAAUACAAGCUGUCAAAGAUGCAAAGGUUAAAAUUCAAGAAAUUUUACUGAAAGAAAUCCAUAAACAACAUGCAUUUAAUGAUAAGAGCUCAGAAGAUCCAAUACCAAAAAGGGGAACCUUAGAGCAUCUUCAUUAUAUGGUUUCAAACACAGAACAGAAACCUCCAGCCUACUGGAAAAAAUCAAAACCCUUUACAUCAAAAGUGAAGGAAUAUUUAGGAAAUAAAAAGAAUAUUUUGGAGCCGUUAAGUUCAACUAGUUCACUAUAUAAAUGUAUAGAAGAUUUAGUUCAGAAAACCUGGCGCGCAGAUAAAUGUGGGCAUGGUAGAGAUGCCGCUAAUUUGAAUCACAAAAACAUACAAGUUACCACUAUUGAACGUGUAGAAAAUACAGUUUUGUAUUAUAAAUAUUGUGCUAGAAGACGUGAACUUUUUUCUAAAGCUCUUGAAAGGAAAACACCAUGCACUAACAUAAGCAGAAUACCAAAUAGUUCAGGACCAAUGUUGACAACAAAACUAGCAGGAAAAGAAUUGACAGAAGAUAUUUUUCCUGAAGUAAACGAACAUUAUGCUUUUCAUGGAACUUCAAGAGCUAAAGCUAUUAGUCAGGAAGGUCUAGACCAUCGUAGUUCUGGAGACAAUAAUUUAUUCGGAUCAGCUGUUUAUAUGUCGGAAAGUUCUACUAAAGCAGAUCAGUAUGCUGAUUCAAAACAGAAUCGUACACCAGGACCAAAGCAGAUGAUUCUGGGCAGGAUAUUGUUGGGAAAUACUUAUCUAUGUAUUGGUAAAAAUCCAACAAAAUAUAAGAGACCUCCUUGUACUGAUUUAACACAUUUGAAGUCACAUUGUGAGCAAGGUCAUGAAUUUUUUGAUUCCGUCAUGGCUGAUGGAACCUGGUUGUUUCGUGAGUUUGCUGUGUAUGAUAACAGUUCUGUUUAUCCAGAGUAUAUUAUUACAUAUAACAGAAUUUAACAAUCAAUAUUCAAGUUUUAUAUAACAUCGUCAAUUGUAGUCUAGAGAUUUUAUUUAAGUUGGAAAAUUUAUUUGCCCAUACAUAGGCCUAUGUAUGUUAAUAGUAAAGGAAAGAAAGAUAUUUGGACAUUUCGUGUUUUGGUCUAAUACCACUAACACUGUUCAGAAUAAUAAUAGGACAUCAGAUUCAUCUGUAUUUAAUAAACAGUCUUUUUGACUUCCAAUUUGUUACUGCAGAAUUUGUCUUAUUUGUAAACAUUCCAUAAGACGGUUUAAUCGAGACUUGAUGGCACUUUUUCAGCAUGCUUGUUAUCUGAAAUAUGCUCACAUUAUAAAUUAUAAACUAUUAACAAGGCAAACUUCUUGAUUUUGGCAAUACUGGUUGGAAUUACUUAUCAUUCAAGGAUACAUCAUAUUUAAUCUCAAAUCUAACUUUGGUUAUGGUUAUUCUAUUUCUUAAUAAUAAUUAGAGCUAUUCACAGAUUUUCACCUUGGUGACAUUUCUUUUUAUAAAUUUUGUAAUUUUUAACUUCAUAAUGUAAUGUAAUAAUUUUUGAAUUUUGUCUUCAUGUUAUAUACACAAGCUUAUUAUAUACGCCUACAGAUUUUAAGCUUAUAGGGAAAAAAUUUACUUUUAUAACUGUAUUAGCUUCAACUUUUCAUAUAAUUUUGUGGAAUGAAAAUCUUAUUUCAGUUUGCCUGCAAUUAAAUAAUCAAACAAAAUAAAUCUUAUCUAAGUAAAGUAAUUUUCAAU